CCAUAUCUGCUUCAAUUGUAAGCGCCGACACCGAUAGACUAACUAACACUGAGCCCGAGUAUCCUAAAAAAAAUCAAAAACCUAAGAAAAAUCUGCAGCUAAUGACAACUCUUGCGACUCCUGUAUUUGAUACCAGAAAUUAUACGAACAUCACUAAAAGAAUUCUUGUUAAGAAUGUUUAUCAGGACUCAGAACCGGAAACUAUCCGAAUCGCGAAUCUGUUGGGCGUCGCAGGAGUUGAUGUCCCCAUCAAAGAGAUCGUGAAACUAACGCCCGCUUUCAAGCUUGGAGUUAAUGGAUAUUCAUUUGUCACAACAAAUAAUGGUUAUCUCCUAUAUCACCCCGAUCUCAGACCCAUGGUAUGUAUAAGUUUGUACUAG